AUGCAAUGCCAGACAUUGACUGAUAUUGCACCUAUCUCGCGGAACAACUUGCGUCGACUGCCUCUGGACCCGGUCAUUAGUCUGUCCAACAUCAACCCCUAUGUGCUGCAUACCGUCGUGCAAAUGCGCAUGUAUUUGGAAUCGAGCGAGGCUCUAGCGGAACACGGAUGUCGCGGGGCUCAAGCGAGCGAAACAUGUGCGGGCGCGUGGGAAGGGCGCUCAUGGCCUUGUAAAUUUUAUGCAGACUCUGUGACACGGGAAACGCGGGAGAGAAGAGACACACACACACACAAGUAAAUGCGAGCGCUUUUUUUUU